GAAGAAUUCCCGACAUGUCGGAGUUGUUCUGCAAUGCGAGACAAGAGGACUCCUCGGCGACACCACGAAAUCUCACGUAUUAUAUCGAUAUCGUUGCGUUGAGCCGCGUUCGCAAUUUCAAUGAGGAUUCAAGCGCUUUCUAUCACUGGUACCGUUGGGGUUCCCCGUCUUGCAUCCGGCAUCAUCCUCGCGGGUAAACAAUUCAAAGUCGUCGCCAAUCACUCAUUUGGCUCAUCGUCAAAGGUUCUGUAUGAGGGCCAGGUUGAUAGGAUAUUAAGGCUAGGUGCCUUCAUGGGGACACUACGCCUGAAGACCUCCGUUCUGGUUGGAGGUCCUUACUUGGUUCGCAACACUACAAUUACACGAUCAACACUUGCUCUUCAUGGCGACUUGAAACAGUGUACGGUCAUCGCACCUGAUGAUUUGAAAAUUCCAAGUACAUGGAACGGAAUUCCCCUAGCUGCAGUGAUCGUGUCUGCCUUUUCGCGGAAUGGAGAUGUGCGGAUCGUUUAUCAUGAGCCCAAUGUGGACUUUCUGACGCCGACUGGAUUCUUACAAACCACACCACUACGAAUAUACCCUUCAAGCCCACUUCGGCGACGGGAGCAUUCGUCAUGGUUGUAACUGGAACUAAGAACACCCGCCGCGUUGUUAUUUGUCUUUCGUUAUAGCUGACUGACCAAGAGCUGUGAGAACAUUUACUACAGGCACUGCAAUGCUACGGACAAUAUAAUUGGCCUAUAUCCUCAUCAAUGGCGG